AUGCUCGUCGACUUUGAUAAAACCUGUGGAAAGAUUGGUCUUCGACUAAAUCUCACAGCAACGAUGUUAAUGAAGAACGGAUUGGCUUCGUAUGCCCCAUUCACGCUCAACGGAACGAAUAUCUCCGAAUGCUCCAGUUAUAUCUAUCUAGGCAGGGAAAUCAAUAUGAUGAAAGCCCUAGCUCCAGAGCUGAGCAGAAGAAAACGAGCGGCUUGGGGAGCUUUCAAGAGCAUCGAGGAUGUAGUAAAGAAAACAAAGAACACCCGACUCCAUGCCUACCUUUUCGACUCAACGGUGCUUCCUGCCCUAACGUAUACGUCAGAAACCUGGUCGCUGCGUAAGCAGAAGGGAGGGUCACUCAGCGUUAUCAAACGCGCAGUCGAAAGGACGAUUCUAGGAGUAUCCCGUUUCACACAAGUAAUGGAAGGGAUCCGAAGCUACGAUGUGCGUCAACGAUCAAAAACCAAAGAUGCCGUUCUUUACGCCAAACAGUCGAAGAUAAGGUGGACCAGACACGUAAUGCGUAUGAAUAACAACCGAUGGAAAAGAGCCGUUAGUGACCGGAUUCCUUGGGAUGUCAGACGAGCUGCAGGAGGACCACCGACUCGAUAG